CGGAUGUUGACAAAUAAUUUCAUGUCACUGUUGAUAGAAGGGUCGUUUGUUUAUGUGAUUUUGGGAUCUUUCUUUUUCUCUCUAUAAACAAACUUCUUUUUAUCGCUCACAAAAAGAAGCAGAAGCAGAAGAAGAAUAAAGGAGAUUUCUUUUCCUCUCCGGAAAUAUUUUGUUUGGUGAGAGAAACAAGAGAGAGUAGAGAGAGAGAGAGAAGAGUGGCCCAGUAGAUCGAAGAUGACGAUCUAAUUUUUUCCAUUAAUGGUGUUUACGCUAUAACUACUAUACCCAUACUUUAUUUUUUCUUUGGUUUCAAUCCCCCUCACAGUAGAGAUUCGAAUUUUUCUUAUUUUGCCUUUGAUUCAGAGAUUUUUCUCUAAUUUCACUUUGUUGAAACUUGUAAAAUCCUCAUUUUUUUCUUGUCUUCUGAAGAAAGUAUCGAGGCGUUGGCGAUAAGAGGAUGUGGGUCUGAGGAAUGGGAACAAAGGUGCACUGUGAAAGCGUAUAUCACUCUAUGAGAGAUCUCAACAACGAAUCUAACGGUUGUAGAUGGCCAUUGUUCUACGGUGACAGUAAAACCUCGGCGAAUGAUCAGUCCUACAAUGGCUUCCCUUCCCAGACUACAUUCGAGUAUGACAAAGAUGUGGUGAGAAGGACAAUGCUUGAACACGAAGCUGUUUUUAAGACACAGGUUUUGGAACUUCACCGGGUAUACAGGAUACAGAAAGAUAUGAUGGAUGAACUGAAAAGGAAACAGAUGAACAAAGAAUGGGGUCAAUUUGAGGCAUCAUGUUCAUCUCAAGCUACUAAUGAUGAUUUCCGUAGAUGGAAAAUCCCUAGUUUACCUUUGGCAAACUCUGUUUACGAUAGACCAUCCAUGUCGGUAGUUGAAGAUAAUGGCCAUUCUCCCAUGAAAGGAAGUAAUUCUCAAGGGGUCGCUGGUCCAGUUCCAUGGCAAAAUGGAGCCAGUUCCAAAAAUGCCGAAAUGUUGGAGGUUAGACCGACGAAAAUCAGGAAGAAGAUGAUAGAUCUUUGUCUUCCGGCUGAUGAGUACAUUGAUGACAACGAAGAAGUUGUAGAGUUGAAAGAUCACAGGGAUUGUGGCACGUCGAGUCAGCUUCCUAAUGGAGAUGUUGUGAAGACUGAACCUCGCGGAGAUAGUUUGAGAGUUGGUUGUGGGUUUAGUAGUAGAAGCAAUGGUUUGGCUGAUUUGAACGAACCAUUCAAGGCUCAAGAAACAAAUGAGUUUGCUUAUGGCCACUUGCGUAAUGGCGAAUUUCAAGGCCAUAUUCGCGACUACGGAAAAGCCCUGAACUCGAGCAGUGUGAGGGAGCAUGUUCCUGUUCUGCAUCCAGAUGAGAACGGUAAAUCCAAACUCUGGCCACAUCAACCCUUAAGAAUUGAUCAAUACAGUGAAAGGAAUACACAUAAGUCUGCUACUCCAUUUCUUCAACCGGCCAAGCCACUGGAUUUAUCCUCUCAGCCUAUGCAAGUUUUCAUGAACAGCUCACAAAGAGUAAUGGGUUUACCUAAUUCUGGUCCUCAAAGCAAGGCAGUCUUCUGGAGAGAAAGGACGUUUAUUGACUUAGAAGCUGAUACUACUGAUACUAAUAGUAGUCACGAAGUCAUUCAUGAAUCAAGUUUGGCUUCUCAUCAACCACGACACUUAUAUCCAUAUAAUCCUCCAGAUUCUGCUGUCCCGUGGAACCAAUUACAUUCCUCUUGGCAAAAUCCUAGCUUUGGCUUCCCUCAGAGAGUUGCUUCAGCGCAGAGAUACCCGGUUCUAAACCUGUCUGACACGCUGAGUGGUAGUGCUCAGAAACAAGGGUGUCUCGGAGACAGAUUACAGAUUGAAAACAGUUCUAGAUAUAACUCAGGGUCUGGGAAUACCACUCGGUCAAACCACAACAUGUUUUACAAUGAGUGCUCUUCUUCAUCGAAAUCUAAAUUCUCCGGGACUGGCUAUAAUUAUCCAAAUGGAGGAAGAAGUGAUUACACCCCAGCAAAUCCAUUCAUUGAUUCAAAUGGCUCGGAGGUGAAGUUUGUAAGAGAUUUGAACUUAAAUGUGACAUUUUCAAAUACUUCUGUUGUUGAAGUCAGAAAGGAUGAAGAACAUCACGCUACUUUAUCAUGGCUUAUCAAACCCAAGUCUGCUUGUAACUCUGAGGUGGCUGAUGGGAAAUGGAAUCUGAAGAGUAAUGAUGCUGUUCCGAGUUCUUCUUCGAAACCUUCGGAUAACAAAGAGGAGGCAGGAAAGAAUGUUCAGAAUCUUUUGUGGCUUGAGAGUUUAAGGUCUGGUUCUUGUUCCAAAAAACCGGUCACGGAGAAGAUCAAUGCUAACUUGAAAAUUCCUGGAUUUGCUUAUAGAGAACAAUCCGACGCAGAAAGAGAUAAAGUCCAUAAAGUUAGGAUGCUAGACAUCAACGAACCAUGUGAACCUCUCUCGGAUGAAGAUCAGCAAAUGGAGGAACAGACCAGGACAAAUUUUCCGGGUAGUAGUAAUAGGUGCCAGAUUGAUCUUAACAUGUUGGUCAGUGAAGAUGAAUGUGAAAAUUGGUCAGUUCCUACCAGUUCAAGACUGAAUUCAAAGGCACCAAUGAUAGAUCUAGAAGCUCCUGCAGCUCCUGAGUCUGAUGAUGAAGAAGAAGAUGAUAUCUCUGGAAUAAAACCAUCAGGAGAAACUACGAUUGAGGAAAAAACUCUGGAGAACCCGCCCGAGUUUGAAAAGUUAGCAGCAGAAACCAUAGUUGCCAUCUCUUCAGCUUGUCUAGAUAGAGAGCUUGAAGUUGUAGAAGCUCCAGAAACCGUCAUCCUUCACUGGUUUGCAGAAACAGUAGACACGCACAGAGAGAAUCUGGACCAGAAGCUCGCUUCUUUCUCGAGGAAUCAAGCGCGUUCUAUCGAAGAGAUUGAUUACUUCGAGUCAAUGACCCUGCAACUACAUGAGAUCACAGAAGACGAGUACAUGCCUAAGCCAUUAGUCCCUGAAGACCUCAGAUUGGAGGAAACUUGUGGAACAGCGAUGGUCACGAGCCAAAGACCGAGAAGAGGAAACGCGAGAAAAGGAAAACAGAGACGAGACUUCCAAAGAGACAUUCUCCCGGGGCUUCUGUCUCUUUCGAAACACGAAGUAACAGAAGACAUUCAGAUGUUUGAUGGGUUCAUGAGAGCAACGGGAAGCUCCUGGACUCCAACCGGUUUAGCAAGGAAGAAAACUGGUUCAAGAGGAAGACCAAGACGGGUCAUAACAAUCCCUGAACCGGUUUAUUUCCCGGUUCCAGCUCCUUGUCCCUCGGUUGAACAAUAUGUGGGAAAUCAAAGCAGCAAGAAUGGUGAAGUUGAAAUGGUUUUAGAAGAUAGAAGCUUCGCAGGUUGGGGUAAAAUGACAAGAAGGCCGAGAAGACAACGAUGUCCUUCAACUUCAACUGCAGCUGCAAGUAACCAACGUCCAUCAUCAUCACACGCGCCAUACACGUGACAAGAAGAGGAAUAAUUGUAACUUUUAUUUAUAUAACUAUUUUCCUCCAAUCAAUUCUUUUCAAUAAUCGUUGUCGUAUAGAGAGAAGAGAGAGAUAAUUUCAGACUGUUUUGUUUGAUAGAGAUUUUCAUCGAGGAAUUUUUUAUUUUCCAGCUUGGUGAUAUACAUGAAG